UAGAAAUUACACGUUUCUUGCAUCUUAAUCUUUGAAACUCUUCUAAAGAGCUGAAAUACACAUUAGUUAAGAAAAAUCUAAAUUCACACUGAUCUUUAAGAAAAACAUGGCAAACCUCGCAAAUUUUACUGCUGGUGAGCUGGCCAAUGUUGGAUCACAGUUAACCAACGAUGCAUCAAAGUACAUCAACAAUCCAGACCUGGAGUUGAAAUGGGCUAUGAAGUCAUACCACCAUGCUGAAACAUAUUUCAAUCUAAUAAGCUCUGUGGAUCCAACAGUUCUGAAGUUAACACAGAUAGAUGAUGAGAUUUAUACAGAGUUUAGAAAAGAGUUUCCCGAUUUUAAAAUUGAUGUCAUACGAGAGGAAGACCUCAAGAGUCCAGAGGCAAAAGAGAAAUGGCGUCCAUUUAUCAACUCCUUUGAAAAGAGAGUAGAAGAUUUUAACUAUGGUACAUUACUAAGGUUAGAUUGUACUAAGGACUAUACGGAAGAGAACAGCAUUCUGGUGGUUCGGCUUCAGUUCCUGGCAAUAGAGAUAGCUAGAAACCGUGAAGGAUAUAAUUCAUCAUUACGAUUUAACAAGAAAGACAACUCUGAUCAGAAGACGUAGCACAUGGCCCAUUCUUACCAUUUUAAAAUUCAUAUCAAAGAGAGCUUGGGCCUAAAUUGACUGUGGAUAAAACAUAUACUGCUGGUUGAUAUAUCUACAUUGCAUUUCAUUACUUCAUAUUGGUUAGAUUUACAAACGUGAUGUUGUACAGAUAUGGAAUAUUGAAUCAACAUGACAUCAAAAUGGGAUGUACAUUGUUCAUGUACAAUGUAUGUUUAUAUUGCAAAUACAGU